AUGAAGCUUAUUCAAUUUGGCCAGGUCAUCACGGCAUUUAUCACGCUCGCGAAUGGUUUGUCUUUUCCCGAUCUCACGCCGGACGAAGAGAACCGCAUCUCCGGCGGGUCGAAUGACAAGAUUGACAAGCACACGUACGUGGCGAGUCUUGUGCGCGGCCCUGAUAUCGAGCUAUUUUGUGGUGGCAUAUUGAUCGCACCUCAGUACGUUCUCACUGCUGGGCACUGUCUGGACUAUUCCAUGACAGACGUGCACGUUUACAUUGGAUCAAAGUAUCGCCUGGAUAAAGGCCCGCAAGAGGCCGAAAUGAUACGUGCUGUGGAGGCUUAUCGCCAUUCACUGUAUCACUUGUCGACCGAUUUGAUGACCGCCACACGCGAUGUGGCAUUGAUCAAACUCGAGAAACCAUGCAAGAUUCGACCAGCACGUCUGGCUCCCGCAGAUGGAUCUGAGAAUGAGUCGGAUGCGCUGGCUACCACCAUAGGCUGGGGGCUAGUGAACAACGAGACGUUAAGCGAUACCCUUCAAACCACCGAUGUCGAGAUUUUCCCGAACAAGAAGUGUGCCAACGCCGCGGCGAACACCACCGUGGACGAUUCAGUGAUUUGCGCCGGCAAUGGAAAUGCGAAGGACUACUGUGCCAUCACCGGGGGUGGCCCUCUUCUAGUGACCGAUAUGGUCGUGGGCGUUAUGAGCGUUGAUCUUGAGGAUUGUGGCGUCUUGCUUGGAACAUAUACUCGUGUCUCCAAAUCGUUGGGAUUUAUCAACGACAUUCUACACGGUGGAUCUUCCAAAAAUGCCACGGAUCGGUUGACUGCUAACACGAGCAUAAUUCCGGAAUUCUGA